UUUGGAGGAGGAAGUGAAAGGGGAAGAGAGAAGCGGAGGGUAGCGGAUAGCUCGCUGGCUGGCAGCCUUCAAGCAAAGUGCCAAAUUUUCUCACUAUUUGUAUAUAAUUGGCCUCGUCUGUUUACUACACUGUUUUGCUAGUGUUUACCUAGAAAAUAAUAUAACCGUUUAAGGACUUGCCAAAUUAACUAGCUAACGAGUUUAGUGCCAGCGAGCUAGCUAGGUAACGCAAACGUAAAGCCUAGUUAGCCAAUAACGCUAGCUGUCCUGAACAAUAACAGCUAGUUAGCUGCAGUCAGGUCGGUUCCAGUGCACAAGUCGCCGCACCGCUGUGUAACAAUCUGAAACUGUGGAAAAAUGACGUCCAGGAAGAAAGUGCUCUUGAAAGUCAUCAUCCUGGGAGAUUCUGGAGUUGGAAAGACUUCUCUCAUGAACCAGUAUGUGAACAAAAAGUUUAGUAACCAGUACAAAGCCACAAUAGGAGCAGACUUCUUGACCAAGGAGGUGAUGGUGGACGACCGACUUGUUACAAUGCAGAUCUGGGACACAGCCGGCCAGGAAAGGUUCCAGUCUUUGGGUGUUGCGUUUUACCGUGGAGCAGACUGCUGUGUGUUGGUGUUUGAUGUGACCGCACCAAAUACCUUCAAGACACUCGACAGCUGGAGGGAUGAGUUUCUGAUCCAGGCCAGUCCUCGAGAUCCAGAGAACUUCCCGUUUGUGGUGCUAGGCAACAAGAUUGACUUGGAGAAUAGACAGGUAACCACCAAAAGGGCUCAGGCUUGGUGUCAGAGUAAGAACAACAUCCCCUACUUUGAGACCAGUGCCAAAGAAGCCAUAAAUGUAGAACAAGCAUUCCAGACAAUUGCACGUAAUGCCCUCAAACAGGAGACAGAGGUGGAGUUGUAUAAUGAAUUCCCAGAGCCCAUAAAACUGGAUAGGAAUGACAGAGCUAAACCCUCAGCAGAAAGUUGCAGCUGCUAAGAGACAACUUGGACCAUCUUCUCUCUUGGCUUUCUGAAACACGCUGUCAAUGGUUACAUCACCUGCACCUCGCUCCCAGGGAAUGGACUUCCCUUCUGGUCUUCCUCCUUCACACCACUGUCCAUUUCAUCACAACACACCCCGUCACGCAGUCCGCUGCACAUGGAUGUAUGCCCCUCACUUAGUACACAAAUUAAUACAUUCUCAAACGAAAAAGAAAAACCCAGUGCCCAAAAAUCACACGAGAAGAAUGAUACUCCUCCUAACCUCUUGUCGAUCAUUUUUCUGAUUUUGGCCCCUGACUCACACUGAGGAGGCGAGAUGGAGCCAUGUUCAGAGAGUGCAACUUGGAACUCUACAUGGACUGGCCGAUGCCCUGUAAUGUGAGAUGAUGUUGGCUAACAUCAGCAUCCCCAGUAUCUUAUUUUCUCUUUUCUUUCUGUUUGCUUUCUAUUACCUGUCUGCUAAGAAAAAAAUCAAGUUUACCUAAAUAUAUGUAUAUAUAUAUAUAUAUAUUUUUUUUUUUUUUAAAUUGGCUGAUGUUAUUUCUUAAGCCAAUCAGAACCAUGUUUUUUGCACUUUCUUUUUAUGUUUUUGCCUUUAAAUAUUAUAAAUGUAGAGGGAUGACUGAUUUUGGGCAACAUCUGCUUUGACACACCUUUUGCUAAGCUUCAAAUUAAUCCUCCUCACUUGUUUUCCUCCUCCAAAUCCUCUGAAAAUCUGUUGAACACUUUGGUGAUUGUAUUGCCUUUCCCCUUCAAGGUUGUGUUAAUGGGUUUAAAAACUGCCUCACACUGCAGAGGAAAUGUUCCUAAGUAGACAUUAAGUGGAAGCUGAUGACGCAUUCACAGUGUAAACCAUGGAUUAUAUAUUAAUAUUUGCCUUUUAUGUAACAUUACUUGUACUGCUACUAUUACUGCUGUAUGUGUUACGUCCUUUAUCAGACAUCUCUCAGUGCUAUGGAAUUACAAUGUCUCACAAACACAGCAUACACCUGUCCUCUGUCAUGUCUUUGUUAUUGCUGUUCUCUCUAUCUGCUUGUAGCUCAGGUUGGCUAAGUACUUAAUAUUUUUAACGGAUUGUGUAUUCCAGUGUAUAGAUGGUAAAGGUAAAAGGCUGAUUGAUUUCAUUGAAAUGGAUGUUCUCUCUUUCCAUUUAAGAAACAGAUCCAACUUUUUGCCCUGGUAUUACUCUCUCCUUAUAGAAAAAUCACUGCGAUGCCAAUGAUGUUGUCAAAGAAAAUUGGGACGUCAAAUAAUAAAACUCUUGAAUAUAUGAA